AUGUACAGAGGAAUAUGCAUCUGUGUAUUACUUGCUGUGCUGUCUGCAAGUUCGACAGGACAGCAAACUGUGGGCUCAAUUAAUGAAGACCUAGGGAUCCAUGAAAUUGAACAGCAGAACCCUUUACAUCACCCAAGAUAUAUCCGUGCCUCAUCUGGCCAGGCUAAAGCCUUCCAACGUUUUGAUGGCAAUGGAGACCAAAAGGUUAACUAUGGGGCAAUGUUGGCCAGAUAUCUCCACACCAGGAAAGCAGGACCCUCUUCUGGACGGUAUGCAGUUUUGCCCAGCAGAUCCAUUAUUGACUCUACACAUCGGAUACAUGACAGAGAUUACAUGGGCUGGAUGGAUUUCGGCCGCCGCAGUGCUGAAGAAUAUGAAUACUCUUCUUAA